AUGGGUUUGUUCAAGCGAAAGGAUUCGAAACCCUCGAUCCACAGCGAUCAAGAUGAGCAGGACGCCGUCUCCGCGCACAGUACGCGCAAUUCGACUGCCUCGCUCAGGUCGUCGGCCCUCAAAUCGACCGGAACCCUCCCCGUCUCCAUUCCAGAGGUGCCUAUCGCGAAGCCUCCAGACCCGAGCCUCGACCCUGCUGCGUAUUUGCGAAGUAUACAUUCCGUGCGGGAGCGCUCUAGAAUCGUUAUGAAGAAAGCAAGAGCGAACCAGUUGAAGCAUUUCGAUGUCGACAUGGGCAAGUUCGAAGUGACGGCAUCAUAUGUGGUCUCUAUUAUAAAGAGAGACUACGCCCCCGAUUAUUCUACAAUCCCUCCCCAUGGUCGUUGGCAACACUUUGAGGUCGGCGGCAGACCCCGAAUUGCUCAGCUCCUACAGUCGUGGCCCAGCACAAUCGAUGCCCAAGAACGGACUCGAAGGUUAAUUGAUCUCUUCCUGAUUUCUGUUCUGUUGGAUGCGGGCGCAGGCAACAAGUGGUCGUAUAAAUCCAAGGAAUCCGGCAAGAUUUUCUCGCGGAGUGAAGGGCUUGCCGUUGCAAGUUUAGAAAUGUUCAAGAGCGGGUUAUUCAGUAGUGAUCCUACUGAGCCAUGCCAAGUAGACGGCGCGGGACUGAAAAAAGUCACAGUCGAAGCGUUAGCGAAGGGCAUGCAACAUUCUGAGCAGAACCCUUUAGCUGGCUUAGCGGGCCGAGCUGGGCUUUUAGUACGACUUUCCGAAGCACUGAACAAUCAAGAGCUUUUUGGGGUUGAUGCUCGUCCUGGCAAUAUGCUUGAUUAUCUACUUUCCCACCCAUCAACCCUGGCGUCGUCAGUCCCCAUUGUAUCGGUGCCUACCUUGUGGUCGGUGCUGAUGGAUGGGCUAGCGGCUAUUUGGCCUCCGUCACGAACACAGAUCGAUGGUGUCUCCAUUGGCGACGCAUGGAGGUGCUCCUCCCUGCCUCAGUCUCCCCAGGCGAAGCCCUGGGAGGGAAUUGCGCCGUUCCAUAAACUAACACAGUGGCUGUGCUAUUCCAUCAUGGUGCCGAUGACUCAAUUGAUGAAGAUUUACUUUGCUGGUUCCGAGCUCCUCACUGGACUUCCUGAGUACCGGAAUGGCGGUCUUUUAAUCGAUAUGGGGCUGUUGACGUUGAAGGGCGAGGACAUGGAAAGGGGUAUCCAAGCGUACAAGGACAACGCACGAAGAGAGGGUCAGCCAAGCAUGGAGGUUGUUCCCCUCUUUUCCGCUGAUGAUGACGUUAUUGUCGAAUGGCGAGCUGCCACUGUAGGUUUCUUGGAUGACUUGUUAGAGGAAGUCAAUGAUCAGCUUGGUCUACGGGGAGACGAUGCUUUGUCUUUGGCUCAGUUACUUGAAGCUGGCACAUGGAAGGGUGGUCGCGAAAUCGCCGAAGUCUCGCGACCGAAUACCAGGGAGCCACCGAUCAUGAUCAUAUCUGAUGGUACCGUCUUUUGA